GUUGGGGCACAGGUAAGCUUGGCUUGGUCACGCGUUCCGCUUCCACUGAGAGGACCCAUUCAGUGUCAUUUAAAACGCGAUCGUAGCCAUUCGUACGGUUGGGGAGGCUCGUGCGUGUCUUUCUUUUGGUGAUCGUGCAUUUUCAGCUGGUGUGAACUGAGUUCGUGGCAAACCCAAGCGAGUGACAUUCGUAUGCGGGGAAAAGGUGGUGUGUUUUGCUGCUGAAGACGACUUGUAAAGUGCGACCGUUUGUUCAUGUAAGUGUCAGUUUCGACGUUGGCAGAUAUUCAGAUGCUUGGAUAUCGGUAGCACAGUGGAUUUCUACUGAUAGCCAGAAUAGAAUGACGAAGAUAUUAAUUCAGUGAUAACAAAUUGGAAUAAAAAAUGGAAAUUGUUUCGUAACUGUGCUGGUACUUUUUGUUACGUGAAUCCACUAUCUAUGUGCAAUCAUUCAUAUUUCCAAUUGGUUGAAAACAGUAUUGUGUAUACGGUUGUUUACAGUGUUAAAUAUCAUCGUGAUAAAGUGUAAUAAUCCACAAACGGCGCCAUUAAGAAGCUUUCGUGAAACGUUCGACACUGACUGUAACGAUGACUAUCUUACGGAUACGAAACUUACCAAAGAUGCCACUGCUGUUGUUACUAGCGAUAACACUAUCGUCCCUGUCGGUUCGGGCCGCACCAAGGAGUGAGAAUUUCCAGUUGGUUAUUCUGCAUAAUAACGACAUGCACGCGCGCUUCGAACAGAUCGGUGCAUACGGGAACGACUGCCAGCCCAACGAUGUGACCAACAACCGAUGCUUCGGAGGAUUUGCUCGAGUGGCGCACAAAGUUCGUGAAUUCCGCAAAGCGGAAGCCGGUGGAGGAUUACCCGUACUUUACUUAAACGCCGGUGACAGUUACACCGGUUCACCGUGGUUCACCGUAUUCAAGGACAAUAUUACGGCCGCAUUUCUGAACAUUUUGAAGCCGGAUGCGAUAUCCCUCGGAAACCACGAGUUCGAUCUCGGUGUGGAAGGUCUGGUGCCCUUCCUGAACGAGGUGGACUUCCCGGUGCUGGCCACCAAUCUGGACCUGUCGGAAACGCCCAGCAUGCAGAACACAAAAUCGCUCGCCAACUCGAUCGUGUUCGUCAAGGAGAGGGUGAAAAUCGGAGUCAUCGGUUAUCUGACGCCGGAGACGAAGCAGCUUGCACCGACCAAUACGGUCCUGUACACGGACGAGAUUGAGGCUAUCAAUAAAGAAGCUGCUGUACUCAAAGCUCAGGGUGUCAACAUCAUUAUUGCUCUGGGACACAGUGGCUUGGAUCGAGACAAAGAAAUCGCAGCGGGUUGUCCUGAUAUCGACAUCGUCAUCGGUGGGCAUUCGCAUACUUUCCUCUACACCGGGACGGCCCCCGAUAUUGACCAGCCGGAAGGUCCGUAUCCAGUGGAAGUGACCAAUGCUGCAGGUCAAGUCGUUCCGGUUGUUCAAGCGUAUGCUUAUACCAAAUAUUUGGGUCACAUGAACGUUGAGUUCGAUCCCAGCGGUAAGCUGGUGUCCUACGAUGGCAAACCCAUACUGUUGAACGGCGCUGUCGAAAGGGAGUCUGAUGUAUUGAAGCUGUUGGAGGUCUAUCGACCCGGUGUCCUAGCUCUGGAUGAAGUCAUUGGAGAGACGUUAGUCCUGCUGGAUGCCACGAGAUGUCGCUUCGAAGAAUGCAACAUUGGAAACAUGAUUGCGGACUCGAUGGUAAUGACAUACGCAGCAAGUGUGGAGGAAACUUCGAGAUACUGGACUGAUGCGGCGAUUGCUUUCGUGCAAGGGGGAGGAAUACGGUCUUCUAUCGAUUCAGGGGAUGGCAAUAUCACCAAGCGAGACUUGAUGACGGUGCUUCCUUUUGGGAAUGCAAUGAUACUGGCGGAAAUCACUGGAGCAACUAUUCGGGAAAUGUUGGAACACAGUGUCUUUCGAUACGAUGGUUCGCAAGGUUACGGCGAGUUUCUGCAGAUGUCUGGAGUGCAGGUCGUGUUCGACCUAAGUAAGCCUCCUGGUCAGCGAGUGGCCAGCGUAGAAGUGCGCUGUGCGCUCUGUUUGACGCCAACGUUUGCCCCGCUGUACGACUACGAUCGGCACAAGAUCAUCAUCAGUCAGUUCCUGUGGGAGGGAGGCGAUGGCUAUACGAUGUUUAGCGGUAGAAACUUCCGAGCGCUCGAGUGGAAUGAUUACGAAAUCACGGAACUAUAUCUGAAUCGAUCCUCGCCCGUGUAUCCGGCGAUCGAGUGGAGAAUUACGCUGCAGGGCCAGGUGAACCCCGAUGACUUGACAACGGCUAGUCCUGGCACGACGACACCCGAUGGAAGCACGACCACGGACGGAGACGGUGGUGCGGCUGGAGAACUGAGAGCUUCGCUGAUGGCGGUCGUAACGGUUGCAUUUAUUGGCAUUUGUUGGCGGAUGGUAUUCUGACGUGUAUUUGAGCAUAAUAUGAUGUGAUGUUCCUAUAUUUGUGGCUAGAAUGUACUUACUUUACGAUGGCAAGUAUUCCUAUAAGUGUACAAAUUAAAGCU